GGCCCGGCCGCGCGAAGUAGGUAAAAAGGCGCGGCCGAGGCCACGCUGGCGCCGCCCCUCGCGCUUAAAGUCCGGGUGCCCGGGGCGGUACGUCAGCGUCGCGGAGGAGGACCCCUGCGCUGCCGUCCGCCGCCAUGGCCCUGCUCCGAGGUGUGUUCAUCGUUGCUGCUAAGCGGACACCCUUUGGAGCUUAUGGAGGUCUUCUGAAAGACUUCACAGCUACUGACUUGGCUGAAUCUGCUGCCAGGGCUGCCUUGUCUGCUGGCAAAGUCUCGCCUGAAACUAUUGACAGUGUCGUUGUAGGCAAUGUCAUUCAGACUUCUUCAGAUGCUAUAUACUUGGCAAGACAUGUUGGUUUGCGUGUGGGAAUCCCAAAAGAGACCCCAGCUGUCACUGUUAAUAGGCUCUGUGGCUCCGGUUUCCAGUCCAUUGUGAAUGGAUGUCAGGAAAUUUGUGUUAAAGACUCUGAAAUUGUCUUGUGUGGAGGAACUGAAAGCAUGAGCCAGGCUCCCUUCUAUGUCAGAAAUAUUCGUUUUGGAACUACGUUUGGAUCAGAUCUCAAGCUGGAAGACUCUUUGUGGACAGGAUUAACAGAUCAGCAUAUCCAAAUCCCAAUGGCAAUUACUGCAGAGAAUCUUGCUGCAAAACAUAAAAUAAGCAGAGAAGACAGUGACAAAUAUGCCCUGCAGUCACAGCAGAGGUGGAAAGCUGCUAAUGAUGCUGGUUACUUUAACAAUGAGAUGGCACCAAUUGAGGUGAAGACAAAGAAAGGAAAACAGACGAUGCAGGUAGAUGAACAUGCUCGGCCCCAAACAACGCUAGAGCAGUUAAACAAACUUCCUCCAGUGUUCAAGAAAGAAGGAACCGUUACUGCAGGGAACGCAUCGGGGAUUUCUGAUGGUGCUGGAGCUGUUAUCAUAGCUAGUGAAGAUGCUGUUAAAAAACAUAACUUCACACCACUGGCAAGAAUUGUGGGCUAUUUUGUGUCUGGAUGUGAUCCCGCUAUCAUGGGUAUUGGUCCUGUCCCUGCUAUCAGUGGGGCACUGAAGAAAACAGGACUAAGUCUUAAGGAUAUGGAUUUGGUAGAAGUGAAUGAAGCUUUUGCUCCCCAGUACUUGGCAGUUGAAAAGAGUUUGGAUCUUGACCCAAGUAAAACCAAUGUGAAUGGAGGGGCCAUUGCUUUGGGUCACCCAUUAGGGGGAUCUGGAUCAAGAAUUACUGCACACCUGGUUCAUGAAUUAAGGCGUCGGGGUGGAAAAUACGCUGUAGGAUCGGCCUGCAUUGGAGGGGGCCAAGGAAUUGCGGUCAUCAUUGAGAACACAGCUUGAGGAGAGCAGGGAGCCUGCCCUGGUCCACGCUCACAUGACUUGGCCAGGCCACAGUAUGCCAGGUGACCUUCAGAGAAGCUGUGAAGGUCAUGCCAUGCCCUGCACUGAGAGUGAUUGAGUUUGGUCAAGGAAUGGUGAGGCAAAGAUGCAUUUAUCAUGAACAAGAGCCCGUGCCAGAAUAAAUUCUCUCAAAUUUGUACCAAAUAUGCUGCAUUUCUGAACUAAAAUCCAACUAUAGAAGGCCUUAAACAGAAUUGUAUCCUUGCCUAAUAACCACCGCUUAUGUCUUAGAUAAUAUGAUUGCAGGGAAAUUGAAUAAAUCCUGCCUUAACUUCAGCUAA